AUGGUCAUCGCUAACAUGCCUCAAGGCCCUCCUAACAACGUGACCGGAAGUCCGACUGGCACCAACAGCAUCAAACUUUCUUGGCUGCCAGUGUCGAAAGAACUUCAGAAGGGCAUAAUCCGAGGUUACCUGGUAAAGAUUUACGAUGACAAGGGAGAAUAUUUGCGAAAUUCUACAAUACUCAGCCGUAAUCUCUCCGCAUCUUUCGCGGGACUUUACCAAUAUUCCAACUACAGUCUGAAGGUUCGAGCCUUCACCAGGAAAGGAUUUGGUCCUUGGAGUUCAUUGAUUAAUGUUUCAAUCGAUGACCCAGCUCCCCGACAGACUCCCACGGAAGUAAAGGCUCUGGGUACAAGCGCCACCACAAUUCAGGUAACCUGGAGUCCAAUUUCUGGGUUAGAUGCGCAAGCUGUUCAAGGUUAUCGAGUCUUACACUUCACCAGAGCUUAUCCGAGUCAAAUUAAGGUCGCUGCAGUGGGCAGGAAGGACAUUCAUGUCACUAUAACUGGCUUAAGUCCCUUUACUGCGUACGGGGUGCAAAUUGCAGCUUUUAGCAUAACAGACGGUAAUUACACACUGCCAGUUUACGCCCAAACGUGGGAAGGAGCCCCCUCAGCACCUCCCUCCAACAUCCGCGUGACUUCCUUCCAUUCCCAAAGUCUCUUGGUGUCAUGGCUCGAAGUCCCCACGGAACACCGCAAUGGCCUAAUCAGAGGAUACCGCGUGACAUAUACCAACGUCAGUAACAGAACUGGCCCAGUGAUAACGGAAAGAGCCUACUCAGUGGUUUUGACUCAGCUGAGAAAAGCAACGGAGUACAGAAUUUUACUUUGGGCGUUCAACAGUGCUGGAGACGGGGUGUCGGGCUCAGUUGUUGCAAAGACAGGAGAAGAU